AUGGAAGGCGUCUUCACCUGGACCUUCGCCAGCCCAACGCCCAACUUCCUCGACAAGCCCCGAACCAGCGACAACCACGAGGAAUCGUCCAAGAUGUCGACCAAGCAGAAGAAGACCGGCGGCAAGCAGCGCUCCGCCAUCGCGGACGUUGUCGCUCGCGAGUACACCAUCCACAUGCACAAGCGCCUCCACGGUGAGACCUUCAAGAAGCGUGCUCCCCAGGCCAUCAAGCAGAUCAAGCUCUUCGCCACCAAGUCCAUGGGCACCACCGAUGUCCGCCUCGACCCCCAACUGAACAAGAAGGUCUGGGAGCAGGGUAUCAAGGGCGUUCCUUACAGGCUCCGCGUCCGCAUCUCGCGCAGGCGAAACGACGAGGACGGCGCCAAGGAGAAGCUCUACAGCUACGUGCAGGCUGUCAACGUCAAGAACCCCAAGGGUCUCCCGACGGUUGUCGUCGAGGAGUAA